CAUCAACUUGGGAAUUUCACCUUUCCCUUCCAACCUGGGAUUGUCCAUUGAAAAUGUCUUCAUUUGCUUCUCCAGGAGCAAACGCAUCAACGCCAACCUAUAAACAUGGGUUUCAAACAUCAGAAGUUGGUGAUAGACCAACGAUGAAUAUGGCUUCUCAACAAGAAUCUACUGGGAUGCUGGAAGACGAUAAUUUAGUAAAAAGAAAACCAUUUGCAGCCGUUGGAGAUGCGAUUCCCAAAGUCGUGGAUACGACCGGUGAGUCUGUUCGAGAGACAUUUCAAGAUUUUUUAGAAAGCUUCAGUGAGGAUCGAGUUGAUGAGAUGGGUGCACCAUCAUCAUCUGCUAUGUCGGAAAAGUAUUAUGUUUCUCAAAUACAUGGUCUUGCCAUGUACGAGAUUCAUACUGUUUACGUAGACUACAAUCAUUUGACUACCUUUAAUGAUGUUUUGGCUCUUGCAAUUGUAGAGCAAUACUAUCGAUUCACCCCAUUUUUAUUACGUGCAUUACAGCAGCUGAUUGAAAAAUAUGAACCAGAAUACUAUAGAAACUCAUUGUCACAAGCUAACGCUUCGUUAUCUACUGCUAGUCGGCGAAGCGACAAGACUUUUGCUCUUGCAUUCUAUAACCUUCCUUUUCGCUCUACUAUUCGAGAUUUACGCACUGACCGAAUUGGUCGUUUAACAACAAUUACAGGAACGGUAACUCGAACUUCCGAGGUUCGUCCAGAACUAGCCCAUGGUACAUUCAUAUGUGAAGAAUGCCAUACUGUUGUUCCAAGUGUUGAGCAGGCGUUCCGCUAUACCGAGCCAACACAGUGUCCUAACGAACUUUGUGCCAAUAAGCGUAGUUGGCGUUUAAAUAUAUCUCAGUCCACGUUUCAAGACUGGCAAAAGGUACGUAUUCAGGAAAACAGCAAUGAAAUACCGACUGGAUCUAUGCCACGGACGCUAGAUGUGAUCAUUCGUGGUGACAUCGUAGAAAGAGCAAAAGCCGGUGACAAGUGUGCGUUCACGGGUACUUUAAUUGCAGUCCCUGACAUUUCUCAAUUGGGUAUUCCUGGUGUAAAGCCAGAGGCCUAUCGAGAUUCUCGGGCAUUUGGUGCUGGUAGGGAUGCAGGUAGCGAUGGUGUAACAGGUCUGAAAUCUCUUGGUGUCCGUGACUUAACAUACAAACUUUCUUUUCUUGCUUGCAUGGUUCAGCCAGAUGAUGCGAGUGAUCAUAACCCUGCUGAUGUUCGUGGAGAUGGCUCCCAAGGUAUAGAAGCUCAAGAUGAGUUUUUGCAAUCACUUUCGCAAGCUGAAAUUGAUGAUUUGCGUGCCAUGGUACACUCGGACCAUAUUUAUUCCCGAUUAGUAAACUCUUUAGCUCCGUCCGUGUAUGGUCAUGAAAUUAUCAAAAAGGGCAUCCUUUUACAGCUAAUGGGUGGUGUUCACAAAACAACCCCCGAGGGAAUUAAUCUUCGUGGAGACAUUAAUAUUUGCAUUGUAGGAGAUCCAAGUACUUCUAAAUCACAGUUCUUGAAAUAUGUCUGUAAUUUUCUUCCUCGAGCUGUCUAUACCUCUGGUAAAGCUUCUUCAGCUGCUGGUCUCACAGCUGCAGUCGUAAAGGAUGAAGAAACAGGUGACUUUACGAUCGAAGCCGGUGCACUUAUGUUAGCGGACAAUGGUAUUUGCGCUAUUGAUGAGUUUGAUAAAAUGGAUCUGUCGGAUCAGGUUGCUAUUCAUGAAGCUAUGGAACAGCAAACAAUUUCAAUAGCUAAAGCUGGUAUUCAAGCUACUUUGAAUGCUCGUACAUCCAUUCUGGCUGCUGCAAAUCCCGUUGGUGGCCGCUAUAAUAGAAAAACGACUUUGCGUAACAACAUUAAUAUGUCAGCUCCUAUUAUGUCACGGUUUGAUUUAUUUUUUGUUGUGCUAGAUGAAUGUAACGAAUCUGUCGACCGUCAUCUGGCGGAACAUAUCGUCAAUGUUCAUCGCUUACGAGAUGAUGCUAUGCAGCCUGAAUUUAGUACUGAGCAAUUACAACGCUACAUUCGUUAUGCUCGAACAUUUAAACCCAAGUUAAAUAGUGAAGCUCGGGCUGAGAUUGUGAAAAGGUAUAAACAACUUCGUAUGGACGAUGCUCAAGGAUCGGGAAAGAACUCUUAUCGAAUUACCGUACGACAGUUAGAAUCUAUGAUUCGCCUUUCCGAAGCAAUUGCUCGUGCUAAUUGCGUCGACGAUAUCACACCUGCUUUUGUAAAUGAGGCUUAUUCCCUACUUCGACAAUCCAUCAUUCACGUUGAACGUGAUGAUGUCGAAGUGGAAGAGGAAGAAGCAGAAGCGAAAGAACAAGAAAACGGUUCAAUAGAUGCAAUGCAAGAAGAUCACCAACAAAAAGCUUCUGAUACCCAAAAAUCAGAAAAGCCGAAAUUGAAGAUUACAUAUGAAAAGUAUGUUUCAGUUAUGAAUGGUAUCGUUCGCGUUUUGCAUGAAUAUUCUGCUGAGGAUGGUACAGAAGGAAUGGUUGCAAAUGAUUUGAUCCAAUCUUACCUUGAGUUACGAGAAGACCAGUUGCAUACCGAAGAUGACAUUAUAUAUGAAGUCGGUCUUGUUCGCAAGGUCUUAACGCGUCUUGUUCAUGAAUCAAUUAUUAUGGAAAUUCAAAAUAAAGCAGACAGUGAUGUCAAAUUGCCAUUCGAAGAGCGGGUCUUCUCUAUACAUCCCAAUUGCGACUAUGAUGCACUAAUAAGCAAUGGAGAUGGAGACGCGUAGGGUCUUUCUUAUUUGGAGAGCACAAACACAUCUUAGUCCGUUCAAUCUCUUUUGUCUUGUACUUAAUAAUUUAAGUCGGUUAAUCUUUUAGCCUUACAAAGGUUCACAAACUUUAAUUUUAUUAGGACCUCUGCCAUCUUUUCGCCUUGUAUACUUAGUCUUUUCAUUGGAUUUGUUUUCUUCAUAUAGCUUGCGAUAAUAUCAUUUCGUCUUCAGCUCAAUAUACCGGGAAAUAAAGCUUACUUUUCACUCGUUCAUAUUUUUUAUAUAAAUUUUUGACAGAUUCCUUAUUUUAUUCUUGGCCUAUUUAUACUUAUACUAAUUAUCUAAAUCUCUUGCUCAACUUCUGAUCGCUUUAUAAGAAUGUAAAUAAAAUGUAUAAUUAUAGAAUUUUUACGAUAAUAUUCUGGCUCUUCCUUCC